AGAAUUCGACCUGCCCUGAUAGCGUCUGAGCCACCAUGGGAACCCGAGGUGACGUGUAUCCAUUGGGGCUCUGCAUCGCCCUGUGCCUGUGGGGCACCGUGGCCCAGACUCCUGGUGUACAAGGUACCACUGGCGACUGCAACAGCCAUAUGCUGUGCCCAGCAAACGCCAAGUGUGUGAACAGCACCCACUGCACCUGCCUGGAUGGAUACCUGCCAAGGGGGAAUCGCUUCUUCAAUGACACAACGGAGACCUGUGACGAUAUUAACGAGUGUCUGGGGCCGAGCCUGCCAGACUGUGGAAAAAACGCACAGUGCAAGAACGCGCCCGGGAGUUACAACUGCACCUGCAUCGAUGGCUAUGAGUCCAGCUCUGGGAAAACCACCUUCAUGAACGCGAGUGAGAACAGCUGCCAGGACAUUGACGAGUGCCAGCGAAACACCACAAUCUGUGAGCCCCACGGGAACUGCAUCAACACGCCAGGGAAUUACACGUGUAAAUGCAGUGAGGGAUUUGGGAAGAGUCAAAAGGAUACGGCUAAGAUCUGCACAGACAUCAACGAGUGCAAGGAGACCCCAGAUAUCUGCGGCCCCAAGGCCACAUGUAUCAACACCAUCGGGAGCUACCGGUGUGAGUGCCGGGCCGGCUACGUCCCCUCCAACAGGAACACGACCCUGUGCCAAGACAUCAGCGACUGCCGCAGGAUCCCAGUUACCUGCAGCCUCAAGGCCACAUGCAUCAACACCAAUGGGAGCUACUUGUGUGAGUGCCGGGCCGGCUACAUCCUCUUCAAGAGGAGCACGACCCUGUGCGAAGAUAUUGACGAGUGUCAGGGCCCGAGCCUGGCAGACUGUGGACCCCACGCAAACUGCAGCAACGUGCCAGGGAGUUACUACUGCACCUGCAUCGUUGGCUAUGAGCUCAGCUCUGGGAAAGCCAAGUUCACGCAUGCGAGUGAGGACAGCUGCCAGGAUAUUGACAAGUGUCGGGGCCCGAACCCGCCAGACUGCGGACCCCACGCAAACUGCACCAACAUGCCUGGGAGUUACUCCUGCAGCUGCAUCGAUGGCUACAAGCCCAGCUCUGGGAAAGCCAACUUCACGCACGCGAGUGAGAACAGCUGCCAGGACAUCGACGAGUGCAACAAGACCCCAGAUAUCUGCGGCCCCAACGCCACGUGUAUCAACACCAUCGGGAGCUACUGGUGUGAGUGCCGGGCCGGCUACGUCCCCUCCAACAGGAACACGACCCUGUGCCAAGAGCUCACCUGCCCCCCGCUGCUGGGUGAUGACAGCUCUGCCGGAGCCAAGAACCUCCUGGGCAGCUUCCCGGCACAGGUGGGACAUCUCUGCAAGGCGGCGCUGGAGGAGCUGAAGCAGAUGAACUCACAGAACCCUGUGGGGAAGCUGCAGGGCUUCCUGGACAUUCUGGAGAAGCAGAUAAAUCUGGUCGGGCAGCAGAGCGAGAGCGUGGAGUGGAGACACUGGAUUGCGACGGAGCUGAUGGCCCUAGUGGAGAAGCUGCUGAGAACGCUGGCCCUGACUCUGCGUGAUAGGAUCAGCAUCGCAUCCACCAAUGGCACAGAGCUGGGGCUGGCGGUCAGGCAGGCUGGGAACCAGAGCCAGGAGACCGUAACACUGCAGCAGAGCAAGACGCAGAUGGAAUUAAAGUGGGCCGGAGCCCCAGGGCAGAAAAAUGAAGGCUUCACGCUGGCCGGGCUGCUGACAUACCAGGGGAUGAGCCCCAUCCUGGACGGUGCUGGGCGGGUGGAGGCGCCCGAGUGGGACGAGAUCGGCCGGACGGGGAAGUGGGCGCAGGAGCCAGGGCGGCCCAGCUACCGUGUGCUGUCUCCGGUGGUGUCGGCCUUCAUCAGUGACCCAAACCCCCAGGCACUCGGCCUCUCCGUCAGCAUCCGCUUCAGCCACCCGGUGCCGGAGAAGAAGCCCGACCUGCGCCUCCUCUGCGCCUACUGGGAGCCUGGCAGCAGGCGCUGGGCCACCGACGGCUGCACCCUGCAGAAGUUGAACGCCACCAACACCCGCUGCCAGUGCAACCACCUGACCAGCUUCGCCGUGCUCAUGGCCUUCUACGAGCUGGAGGACUGGACCCUGGACGUCAUCACCAAGGUGGGGCUGGUGAUCUCGCUGCUGUGCCUGCUGCUGGCCAUCGUCACCUUCCUCUUCUGCCGCGCCCUCAAGGGCCCCCGCACCACCAUCCACCUGCACCUCUGCCUGGCGCUCUUCAUCGCCUACACCGUCUUCCUCACCGGCACCUCCAGCACCGGCAACACGGAGGUGUGCGGCGUGGUGGCCGGGCUCCUGCACUAUUUCUUCCUGGCCGCCUUCUGCUGGAUGUGCCUGGAGGGCGCCGAGCUCUACCUGCUGGUGGUUCAGGUCUUCACCCCCCACGGCCUCAGGCGCCGCUACAUGUUCCUGCUGGGCUACGGCGUGCCGGCCCUCAUCGUGGGCGUCUCGGCCGCCACCUACAGCGAGGGCUACGGCACGGCGCGCCACUGCUGGCUCUCGCUGAAGAAGCAAUUCAUUUGGAGCUUCCUGGCGCCCGUCUGCAUCAUCAUCUUGGUCAACGCCGUGAUCUUCGUGGUCACCGUCUGGAAGCUGUCGCUGAAAUUCGCUGACAUCAACCCCGACAUGAGCCAGCUGAAGAAGCUCAGGGUGCUCACCAUCACGGCCAUCGCCCAGCUCUGCGUCCUGGGCACCACCUGGAUCUUCGGCAUGUUCCAGUUCAACCAGCGCAGCCUGGUCGCCUCCUACAUCUUCACCAUCCUCAACAGCCUGCAGGGGCUCUUCAUCUUCCUGCUGCACUGUCUGCUCAAGAAACAGGUGAGGGACGAGUACCGCAGGUGGCUGAGCUGCGGCGGCCUCAAGGGACCAGCCAAGUCCUCCGAGUUCUCCAGCUCAACCACCAUCACGCGGCAGGGGCUCCAGCGGUCGCAGGAGUCAGGGUUGUAGCUCUCUUGCGCUCAGCCCAUUUCUGGACACCGCAGCUUUGCACAUGAGAAAACCCGGCCCCUGCCCCCGGCCUGGCCCUGCCUGUGAGCAGAGACCCACCUCGCACCUGGACUCGCCGCAUGCAAAUGCUUCAGUGGUUGCCCAGUGGAACCGUUACGCUGCCCAGCUGCCCCCACCCGCUGGGCACUCACCAGCCCCAGGCCUGCGCGCUGCCAGCAUCACCAGCAAUAGCGAUGGCCAGCAGGGCAGCCGCUCAGCUCUGACGCAACAUACUCUGGCCACAGGGGGCGCCUUUCCCUUCGGUACGAAAGCUGGGUGCAGGCAGUGGAGAUGAAUCCAGCCAGUAGAGAUGAACCCACCCCCCAGAGGACCCUGCCCCUCCCCCAGGCACUGCAGCAUCAGCCACCGCCCUUGGCUUCGAUGACGGUAUGACACGGCCUGAGCUGAAGGAGGCAAGCGGCCCCCAGGGCUCGGCUGUCUGUGUCUCACUGGUGGCACUUUUUUUUUUUUAAAUGAUCUUUUUAAAGUUAUUAAAAUAUUAAGUUUUGUGACAAAAACAGCUGCUUCACGGAGCCACGUGUGUGGUGUCUGGAGAGAACCCAGGAGUCCUGACUCCCAGCCCCUGCUGCUCUAACCCUCUAGAUGACACGGUCUAAGGGCAGCUGGGCCCACGGUGAUCCUCUGAGUCCAACCAGCUGCAGAACAGGCCCAGCCCUCCCUGGAUUAACUCCUGCUCCAUUGAGAGCAGAACGUCCCGGCUCCAUUUGGAAAGGGCCAGGGCUGAGAAUCCACCACGCCCCCGGGGAAGCUGUUCCGGGGUUAAUUUACCCUCCCUGCCCAUUUCCAGUGUGACAAUUUUGAAGAGCUCAUGAUCAAAGUCCCUAUAGACUGACCAAGUCACCCCUUCCCUGUCUCUCUGCUAAUCCCAUUGAGCUCCUGGAGUCUGUCGCUACAGGGCAGGUUUGCGAAUCCUCACGGGCCUUCUGGCCUCUCUCCAAUUUAUCAGCAUCUGUCUGGAAGUGGGGACAGCAGAACUGGACACUAGUUAAGCGGCACUCAGACCAGUGCCAGAUACAGAGUAAAAUAACCUCCCUGUUCCUACCUGAGCUUCCCCUCCAUGCAUCCACUGAAAGUUAUUUCAUUAAUAGUAGUAUUAGUUAUUAUUACUGAUCAUUAGUACACAAGGAGA